CGAGGCGCAGUCAAGUCGUAAUGUCUACUGCCAUACGUUGAGUAAAUACUGAAUGGAGUUGUGAUUACUUUGUGUGCUUGGAACAGGCUUCUGCGCGUUUGUGAGAACUAGUAAACAGGCAGAGGCUUGGAAACGGCGUCCAUAAUGCGGUCUCACUGACCUUGCUGUCCGUGGAUAUCAGUUUUCAACGCGGGAUUUCCUAGUGUGUGUGUGAGACAGAACCACCUCUUGACGCGAUCGCCAGCGAGUAUCAUGGCGUCCAGUUCUGUUAGUCAAGAGAGUCUCGAUAUGGAGGAUUUUGACAACAUGGCACGAAGGAAUCGCAUUCGAACUCACAGAGGCCGAGCAAUGCCUCAUCGGAGCGGAGAAAGGGAGGGAUCAGCUGGGGAUGUACAUGACCGGGAAGGAAAGGAUCGUGAUCAAAACGGCGAUACUGUUGAGGGGGUACAUGCAGGGGGCGACCAUGAAUCUCCGACGCGUAGUGCAGCGGCUCGACUUAAAGACAAGAGGAGUCGUGUAAAUCAUAUGCACAAAGGCAAACUUCCAAAAGACAAGAGGAAAUUGAGGGAAAAAAGAAGAAGCACAGGAGUGGUACAUCUCCCUUCUACAGAGAGCACUGGGGAUUCACUUGAUGACGAUGACGACGACGAUGAAAAUGUCAUCCACGAGACCAAGAAGAACACUGUUUAUAAUGAAGGACCAAAUUCCACGCACCACACUUCCUAUGAGAGUCGGCAUUCGUCCACAAGUAAUUUCUCCCCUCGUGGUAACAAGAGUCCAUCAGAUCUGGAGGCUGACUUAGAGGACAACCAGGAUUACGAUAGUACUGUAAGUCAUUCUGAAACUAACCUAACACUCAUUGGCCGUUCGGAGUCUUCAGAUACUCAGAUGUCUGGGGGUUUUAUGUCUCGCCAGCCUACCUCUGGCUUCUCUAAGUUCUCUCCAGAGUCAUCGAGAGCAUCGUCUGCACUCAAAUAUGGAACCAGCUCUGCUCAGCAAGUUUCAGCUGACCAAGAGCCAAGCAAGACUUCCCUACAUUCAGCCCCAAAGUCGUCUGUGUUGUCUUUAGUGUCCAGGUACAACAGAGAUCCUGACACCUUGCCACGGGAAUUGGAGCAGUCUUCGAAAGACAGUGAUACCUCUAGGCCCUCUGGUCUAACAGGCCACAAGGACAAGACAUACAGCAGAACAGAGAAACCAUACAGUGGCUAUCUGUCAUCUCGAUUCCAGGAUCGGGAUAGUGUUGGUGUGGUGGGAGGAGGCAGUAAUGGGGGAGUUGUGGGAAGCAGUAGCAGCAAUCUCCACUCGUCACGAUUCACCUUCCAGUCUGCUAGACCCUUUGUGCCCCAGUACAACAGCAGUAGUAAUAGCGACGCCACAGCUCAGCUGGAGAAGCAAUUGGAGAAGGAGAAAGAGGAAAACAAGCGUCUACAACAACAGCUGGAGCAGAAGGACCGACGGAUUAUCGAACUUGAGCGUCAGGUGGCCUUGUUGAAUAAGCACUCCUAAUUUCAUACAAGGAAGACAGUUUCCGAGGGAAUGUGAUGAGUUGGAUGAAGACAACCUGAAGUUACAGGAAGAGAACAAGGCCCUCAUACGUGCAAUGUCACAGCUCAGCACCAAUGUCUGAGUGUCUGCUGUGCUUCUCACUGCGCCAUCUUCCACCAUCAGCGUGGGGGAUGUCAUAUAUGCUUUCACAACAUACUCUUUGUAAUAGUCCAUUAUAAGGAAAGUAGCCUUGGGUAACAUCAACUUCCUAAUGGUAAAAGUGAUGAGGGACCUAAAUGUCUCACCAGGUUGUAAAACUGCUGUGGUUCCUGGAAAAAAAAAUCAUGCUAAGGCUUUCUUAUGCAGAAUUUGUGUUAUAGCAUGAAGGCCAUAUUUUGGGUGGGUUUGUCUUUCACAGUUGUGUUCAUCAUUUUAGCUGCUUUUUUUUUAUUUUUGCAGUUUUGCAUUGUCCUUCUCAAUAACUAUAUUUAAGGUAACUUCAUUUUGUGUAGCAGUAGGCAAAAAGCAGUUGUAGCAGUAGAAGUCUUGUGAGAUGGAAGUCAUAGUUGAGAUGCUUGAAUCAAAACUGGUCCACCAGAAUCUAAGGUAAUGGCCAGAUGCCUAGCAAAAUCUUACAUUAUAGUAUUGAGAUCAAAAGAACUGAUGAGUAUGGGGUUUUUUCUCAGACUUGUGGGAGGAAACAUUGGCCACUCUUAACAUUAGAUUAAAAGUAUUUGCAUUGCUGUUGCAAAAAAAGUUUUUAUUGCUUUAGUGCCUUUGUGCUCUUUUAUUUCCUCCCCUAGUCAUAUUAUUGCUUGAUAUCGUUUUUACUUCAAGGCUACCUGCGUUGUGUUUUAUGUCAUUAUCAGAAAAUGCAUCCUCUUGUUUUUAAAACACAGUCUUUUUCUGUAAAUGUAGCAUUUAUUUUAUGUUGUGUCUGCAUUGUUAUGCGAAAAAAAGGUUUAGAGUGCUAGAAGCAAGUGAACUUUUUUUUGUGUUGUGUUCUUGCAUUUAUUACCACAUGUAUACCACUCAGUGCUGAUCUAAGUACUCCUGCAUUAUGUAAGAGAUGUCCAUGUAGACUGUGUGCAUGUUUCAGAGAGUGUGUGUGUAUACACAUGCACACGUGUGUGAAAAAAUAUUGUUGAUAAUUACAGUCAGCCUUGAUAUUUGGGGGGUUUGGGAUGCAGGACUCUCGUGAAUGAUGAAAAUUUGAGAAUAACAGACAAACUUUAAAUACUUGCGUGCUGUUUGCCAUAUUUCUGUUCUUUUCCAUUUUUUUUAAUGCUAAAGUAAAUUACCAUGUUUUGUGGUGCUUAACUCAUUGAGGGCACAAGAACAAUAUUGAGCUAGCUACCUUGGAACACACAAAAUUACUCUAUUUUCAAAAAAGAGAUAAUAAGAGAAAACAAACUUAUAAGAAAUGCAUGAAAUAAAGCAGAGAUCAAGGGUUCCUGCCUCAGUUGAUCUUGAGCGUAAACUUUUUUCUAAAUGCAAAAUGAGGUAUGUCCUAAGGACUUUUGAAAAAGACUAACAUGCAGGGUUACAGAGCUACUUUGUCACCCUCUAUUCCUGCAGGCAAAUCAAGUGGAAUGAAAUGAACAUAACUCGUGAUGAAAACCAAUCCAACUACAGUUUUAUAUUUUAAUAGGUACAGUCUCUGCAGUUAAGCACUUCACCUUGAAUCUUCUGCCAAUCACCAGUUUUAUGCAAAAAAUGAUUGUGAUGAGAAAUUUGUUAACUUCCUGUCAAAGUUGCUUCCUUUAUGAAGUCAAUGGUGUCUACAACCAGCAUAAUUUUUUUCCAUUUUUGUGUUAAAAAAAAAAAUCUUUCAUACACAUAUGUACUAAGUGUCUUAGAUGUAGUAGUUACAGGGUGGAGGCCACAUAUGUGCAAAAGAGAUUGAGUUGAGAAGUUGGGAAUACAAACAUUACAUUGAUAUAACGUUCCCUGGCUUUUCCAGAGAGGGAGUCGUGGAAAAGAUGCAAUACAGCACAUAUACAGUACUUUACGGAUGACUAGGUUGUUUUUAGCUUUCUUUAUGCAUCUACACAUGUCUUGUCUAGAAUUUUUCAUGGUAGGCCACAAAACUGAAAAAAAAAUUCCUAUAAUAAUAGAAAUCUGACGAUAUAAAUAAAACCAUAACAGGGAAACCCACAAAUAAAACCAUGAAAGCAAAGCCCACAAAUGCUGAGGGUCAGCUGUACUCCAUUCUGUUGUGUUCUCAAAAGUAUUGUGUUGAUGCUUUUUAAUGUGGUUUGGUUUUGCAGCAGUGCUUUUUGCAAAUCACUCUGAUGUAAUUUUUUUUCUUCAGUCAUAUAAAAGUUGCUUCACAGCAGAAAAACAUGAAGUGCACUAAAUGACAUGUCAACUACAGGAGCUUUAACAAAAAAAUAUAUCAAUUAUCACUGAUAAGAUUUCUCAUCUGUAGAUGGUCACAAAAUAUAUAGAUCUCUUUCAUGUGUUCAGAUUUUUAAAAAGUACUUUGUUGUGUUUGUAAACAUCAGAGGUUUUGCUUGUGCGUUAUUUAAAGAUAUUUAAGUGGUUAUCUUUUCAUUUUAAAUUAUUCAAGAACUUAGAUGCAUAGACCUGAUUUCUGGGAGGCAGAGAAAGGAGAUUACUUGAUAGUGCAUUCUACUGCAGCAUGGGGCUUGUGAUUUAAACACCAUCCUUGUUUCCAACACAUCUUCAGUGGUUUCCUUCCUGAUUUCUGUGGUGUUACUAUAAAUUGGAAACUUUCAUCUUAUCUAUAGUUUGACUGUAACAAAUAUGUCUACCUUUUCUUUAGUUUGUAAUCCUCAUGUCUGUCUUUAGAACAGCAAGCACUCCAUUCUUGAUUUUUUUACCCAGUGGACACACCCAGCUUCAUUUAAACGGGCAAAAGAAUUUUCCGUUUCUCUGAAUGAUAUGGGAAAGGUCUUGCCAGCUUUGUCUGGUGAAUCCUGUUACAAAUAGCAGAUUGGCUGACCUUGAAUACUUCAGGUGAAACCUGAUCAAUCUGGGCCACUGCUGCAGCAUCUAAUGGAUAUGCCUUUUUUUUUUUCUUUAGCUGGCAAUUUUCGAAGUGUCAUAGUGUUCAAGUAUAGGCAUAUCACAUUGACUCACAGAAAACCAUCAGUUGGUCAGAUGCUUGAGUAUAACUUGACCAUAGAGUGCGGUCGUAUCUUGAAGUCUUCUGUUGUGCACUUUUUACCUGUUUGUUUUACUCGUGAGUGUAGCAGAUCAGGGUUUAUCCAGCAUACAGAUUGUUGGCAGCGUGCUUAAAAGUGGUGCAGUGAGUAGAGUUGUGUGGGUGGGGGAGGGGCAGCUGUAGUUUGUUGCUUGUGAUAGUUUUCACAGUAUACAAUGUAAAUAAUAAGCAAACCUUACUGGCCGAAGGAUGUGCCAGUUAAAUAUAUUAAUGUGUACCUAUGUUAAUAGGGAGUAACAUAUCAGUUAGGUGCGAGUUUGUGCUUCUUUAUAGGAAAUAAACACUGAAAUUGUUUUUCAUUGAAGUUCCACAAGUUUGGUGCCCCACAUUACACCCGACCCUUUUUUUCAGUUUCGUUUGAGAAUCUAAGUGAAAGGCAUUCACAAUUGUAAAGGUGUUGUGAGCUUUGUCAAGCCAUCUGUAAUCUAAUGAUUGACAUCUGUUAUAAAUUAAUUAUUUAAGUGUAUAAUUAUGGUGUGCUUUGUUUAUGCCAGUCCAUUAUUUGCUUCAGACAGCACGUAAUAUAGAUGUAAGCAAUAGUUUGCUAUCAAAGUGGAUGUUGUAUAAACGUAGAUCUGCAUGAUACAAAAGUAAUAAACCAGCUCUGAUGAUGACAAGUUUCAAAUGCAUUUAAGAUGUUUCAUAGGUGAUAUGCUAUACUUUGACCCUCAUAGCACAAGAGCUGGGACUGCAGGAUUUGAAGGAUUUUUUUUUUUUUUGCAGUCAUUUCAGUUUGCCCAAGAUAUUUUCUUAUUUACUGACAGGAAAACGAGAUCACCAUCUGUAUUUUUUCCCUGGAUUAGUAGGAAAGGGAAGAGGAAAGCUUAUAAAACAUGGUUUAUUCAGAACAAUAUAUACAUUGAGGGAGAAAGUUAUCCUUCAGACUGUUUGUGAUUUUGUAUGAAUUCAGUGCUGGACACCAGAUUUUGUGGCACAUCAUGUAAAGUGAAUGUAUGAUCUUUACCAUGGAUGAUGAGGUGGCAGGCUUUUUUUUGGUUUAUCAGCUUUUUACUAGAACUUUACUAAAAAGUUUCAUAUUGAUAAACAUUUUUAGCUUAACAUUUUCUUCAUGGUUAAAGCUAGCCAUUACAUAAUUUGUGAUCUUUCCAGUGGCACAUUUUUUUCAGCCACUUUUGCAACAUAUCAAAAUGUUUUUAAACAAAGUUUACAGUCAGUGCUCAUAUAAUAAGUGCACAUUAAGAUUCAUUGUAUUUUAGUAAGCUUAAAAUAUGUCUCUCAAAUGUGUUUUUUUCCACAAAAUUCAUGGUUACAUUCCUUUGAUGAAAGAUUAUUUCAACCAAAAAUUAUUAAGAUCAUUUUGUGGGUGAAAGAAGUGUUUAAGUGUGAAAGUUUGACAAGAUUGGGAAUAGUGAGACAAUAAGGUAUGAAAGGUGUUUAACAAGAUGACCUUAAUGUCAUGGGACGUCCUUGUGAUGGUCCAUUGGCACAGUACUGCUGUUGUCUUCCAAACCCACACAGAUGGAGUAGAGAACGGGUAUUGUUGACAGAUCAUGUCAGUAUGGUUGUUUGAUUAUGCAUCUUAAAAAAAGUAAAUUGUCAGUUGACCUUUUUGUGCAGGCAUUACUUGGACAAGAUGGCAAUAUUAGACAUGUCUUUGAACUGGCAUAUUUUCAUCUGCUUCUGACACAUAUUUUUCUUAUUCAUAUGAAAUUUGAGAAAAAUCUAUUCCAGCCCUUCAUGCUUAGAUUCUUCAUGUAAAAAUAUCUUCAGUGUCUUACAGGUCUUAUUAUUACUACAUUUUAUGAAAAUAAUGAAGAGAUUUAGGAGAGAUAUGUAACUGCUUUGAUUUUUGACUGAAUCAAAGCAAUAAUGAUUUAUUGUUUAUUAGCUUGUGACAUUUUCUUUUGAAAUUAUUAGUUUUGGCAAAUAUUCUGAUUCAUAAUGAGGAUGCAAAAAGUUAAUGGGUUUAUAAUCUUGGAGAACGAACUAAAGCCAGGAUGGACAUUGACAGUGCAGUAGUCUAUUUCGGUAAUUCCUGUUAGAAUACUCAGUGAAUAAUAAUCCUGUUUAUGGUUGAUAAGCAAUCAAAUGGAGAAUGUUAUUAUGGAAGUUAUUUUUUUCUGACCCACCUGAAGAGUGUAAACGUAUAGGUUUAAAUAUUUCUUGUAUUUGUAGGAUCAAUUGCUGACCAAUUAUAUCAAAGCACAUUGAGCUUGCUGCCAGCAGGAAAGUGCACUAUAGAAGUGCUACUAUUGUUAUUAAUUUAUAUAUGCUCUGUUUCCUAUGAAUAGGAACAUGAAAGUGCACAAAAUUGUACCAUUUUUUCAGGCUCUAUACAAAGAUUUUGCUCCUUAUGAAUGCUGUAUCAUAACAUAAACAUUGAGUGGCUGAUCAAGAGUUGACAGAUUUGCAAAGUCUGGGGGUAGUUUCUAUACAUGUGUGGGUGUGUUCCAGCACAUGCAUGCAUGCAGAAUUUUCUGUUAAAUAAAUUAAAAACACUGGUAAAAUUUCUAGGAUACUUAAGUUUUUAAAGAAAUGGUCCAUGAAAGAAUAUGCGGGAACAGUAGGUAGAUGUUCUGCUGUAUUCUUUGAAAAGUACUUUGCUCUCUCUGAAAUAUGGCUGGCUAUGUGGGACAAAAUAGCAGUCUUCUCAGAACUCGCAUAAAAUGCAUUUUCAAAAUUGUUAAAUUACUUGAAGGCAAUUGCUUGAAUGAUCAACAACAAGAAAGGCAACUGCAGCUUCUGUUCUUUGUGAACAGUAAGCAGUAAUCCGAAAAAACAGACUGUGUUGUCAGUCAAGAGCAAGAAAAACUUUUAAAUCUGUGAUCUAAAUACAUCUGAGUGUAUGUGUUAACUAGCAGUUCUGUUGUUUUUAAUUAUCAAAUCUAUUGCCAUUCUUUUUUUAUGGAAAGGUCUAAAACAAAACCACAGGACUACUUGCAUAAGAAGUUUUGUAACUCACUUCUUUUUUGGCCUUGUAACUUGAUGGCUUGGGGCACUUUUAAUAAUUAGAUACUAAUAAUUACAGCACUAUCUUAUUAUAAUAUAAUGCAUUUUCUAAGUUGGUUGUGAAGAAUACAGUAAAUACCAUUUACAGUCAAGAUGGAGGUGGCAAGGUUUCCCCUAUUUGUGUUUUGUCUUUAUACAUUUACUUGCUUGAAAAUGAGUUGCCGUAAAUUUAACCACUGUAUCCAAACACAUGAGAGGCAAGUCCAGUUUUGCCAUAUUUAUUGCCUAGACAAUGUUUUUGGGUGUUGCUGGAGUGCAAGAUGUGAUUGAAAUUUUUUUUCAGCUGUAGACUUUGCUGGCUGGGCUGCUUUUUUGUGAUCUAGCUCUGUGAUCAUUUCACAUCCAGGAUUUGCCUCAUUCCCCUGCUUUUGACCACACACUUUCCUUCCAAUUGGUGACACUGAAAAAAAAAGGUAUCAUUUGUAAAGAUUUCCUAUUUGUUUUGGGGACUUCUUGUGUUGCAUUCCAUAAACUAUGAUAGCUUUAUUUUAUAAAAUUGUUAUUAAAGCAGAUUUUUGUUUCUGCUCAGUCAGGUAGUAGACGUAGACCAUGUGUAAAGGAACAAUAACAAAGGUUGUAAUAAAUUGCACAGUACAAGGUGAUGUUAGACUCUUAUAACAUCUAGGUUGUUAGCUGACCGUUUCCACAUUUUAAGGUCAUUUACUUGAAUCUGGUAAUUUUCUAACACAUGCUUUGUACAGAUGGAAAUGAAGUUUAUAUUACUAGUGUUGUGAAGGUGUUUUGUGAUGACUGCAUUGAUAUAAAGCUAGCCAAGUAUGUGCUGGCUUUAGCCAGGCAAUUGUGUUUAAUGUGAAUUUUAAAACUCAUGUUUUAUUUUUUAUUUCUUGAGGAACAGCAAUUCCCUAUUUUGCUAGAGAAAAAAAUUAUGGGUUACAAGUACUCUGGAGGAGAACAUGACAUUGACACUUUUCUUUUCACUUUUAAGUAAGAUCUACAUCUAGUCUACUACAUAUGUUUUAGAACCCUUUUAUUUUAAAACCUAUUUUUGGUCUAAGAAAUGUUUCCCCUUUGUAAAUCCAGCAUCCAAUGUAUUUUACAUCCAAUUAGAAAAGGCAGAAGACAGAUAAAAAUGUAACUGUUCCUCUAAGCAUAAAUCUUGGGAAUUUAUAUUAAGGGUUAACGAUAAACCUAUGUUGCCUAGGCUGAAGCAGUGAGAGUUUUGGGGGUUAUUUUGUGCAGUGAAUGCACUGAGGAUGCCAUCCAUGGCACGUGGCUGUGUGAUAGAUGGUGGUCAGUGAAAAUGCUUGCCAUGGCAUGACUGGGCUCGAGACAAACCAUCACUGAGAAUACUCAGCAUGCUUAUCCUGGUUGCUUAGUGUACUUCUAACGGCCUGUUUGUGCCUGAUAUAACUUGUCGCUCGGAGUGCUAGCCAGGAUUUGUUCCUGAUUGGGAAUGCUGGUUCUGGCAUGUUCGUAAUAUAACUUGUUAUUCACAAAGGAUAUGAGGCAUGGCAUUUUAAAUAUGCUUCUCAGUCUUUUUAAGCAACCGUGUUCUGUAAAAGUAUUUUCACCUUUUCUCCACAUUAAAAAAAAAAUAAAGCAUUCCACCUACU